AAAGCCCGCCAUUUUUUCAGCGGUAUCUCCUAUAACCAAAAUGGCCGCCACGUUGGGACGAAAAUUAUAUUGGAAACGAUGGAUGAAUUUGAGCAGGAAUCCCCUUCAUCAUUUGCUCAUCCGACAGAAAUCGUCAGUUCCAAUAAGUAAAAUACUGGUAGCUAACCGAGGCGAAAUAGCAUGCCGGGUUAUGCACACUGCGAGACGCAUGGGAGUCCAAACAGUGGCGGUUUAUAGCGAUGCAGACGCGAAAUCCCUACAUGUCAGUUUGGCUGACGAGGCAUACCGUAUUGGUCCUGCACCUUCAAGUGAGAGUUACCUCAAAAUGCACAAGAUCAUGGAAGUUGCAAAGAAAACAGGGGCACAGGCUAUUCAUCCUGGGUACGGGUUUUUGUCUGAAAGUCCUGAAUUUGCUGAUUUGUGUCAAGAGGAGAAUAUAAUAUUUAUUGGACCCCCUGCCUCAGCAAUACGAGAUAUGGGCAUAAAAAGUACCUCAAAGUCAAUCAUGAGCGAUGCUGGGGUCCCUAUAAUACAGGGAUAUCAUGGGGAGGACCAGUCUGUUGUGAGGUUGCAACAGGAAGCAGAAAGAAUUGGGUAUCCUGUGAUGCUGAAGGCUGUCAGAGGAGGUGGGGGCAAGGGUAUGAGGAUAGUCAACUCCCCAGACGAGUUUCAUGAAAUGCUUGAAUCUGCCAAGAAUGAAUCCAUCAAAUCUUUCAAUGAUGACAGUAUGCUGGUGGAGAAAUUUGUUGAAACACCAAGGCAUGUGGAGGUACAAGUAUUUGGUGACAGACAGGGAAACGUGGUCUACCUCUACGAGAGAGACUGCAGCGUGCAGCGUAGACAUCAGAAGAUCAUAGAGGAAGCACCUGCCCCUGGAGUAUCGGAUGAGGUGCGGCGUAGCAUUGGUGAGGCUGCUGUCAGGGCUGCCAAGGCUGUUGGCUAUUUCGGCGCAGGCACAGUUGAGUUUAUUAUGGAUUCAAGUCAGAACUUUUACUUUAUGGAAAUGAACACCAGGCUGCAGGUAGAACAUCCCAUCACAGAGAUGAUCACAGGGCUUGACUUGGUCGAGUGGCAGCUAAAGAUAGCAGCAGGAGAAGAUCUCCCUCUAAAGCAGGAAGAGGUACAGCUGCAUGGCCACGCCUUUGAGGCAAGGGUGUAUGCCGAGGAUCCCAGCAGUGACUUCUUGCCAGGGGCCGGUCCCCUUCUCCAUCUCACAACACCACAGGAAACCCAGCACAUCAGAAUAGAUACUGGAGUCAGACAAGGUGAUCAAGUAUCCACCUACUAUGAUCCGAUGAUUGCUAAGCUGGUGGUCUGGUCAGAAACUCGUCCCUCUGCACUUCGUCUCCUUAAAGAAUCUCUUAAGAAGUAUAAUGUUGUGGGGCUGGAAACGAACAUCUCAUUCCUGACUAGCUUGUGCGAUCACAACAGCUUCCAGGCCGGCGAUGUCCACACGGACUUUAUCAAGCAGCACAUGGCAGAUCUGUUCCCUGCCAAGGGGUCGAUGCCUGGUGAUGACGUUGCUCAAGCUGGUUUGGCCUUGCUGUUACUGGAAAGAGAGCAGCGCAAUGAGAAAGCAGCCGCCUCAAGCGAUACUUUCUCCCUUUGGAACACCAGUGGGUCAUUUCGGAUAAAUAGCGAGCUCAGGCGAAGAAUUCGCCUAAAUGAUGGUGAUGCAAAGAUCGAAAUGUUCAUCACAUACAACCGAGAUGGAUCAUUUGAUAUCGAGAUCGGUGAUGAGUUGUUCAAUGUGAGCGGGUCCUUGAGCAGGGAAGGCGGGAAGACCAUGUUGACGGCUACUGUUAAUGGCCGCAUAUGCAAGUCAGCACUGGUAGAUCAGGAUGGGACCCUGCACCUCUUCACCAAGGAUGGCUGCCGCAGACUGCAUCGUCACGUGCCCAAGUACCUCAAAUCAACACUAGGCGGGGCCGUGGGCGGAGCUGCUGCCCCGAUGCCUGGUAACAUUGUCAAGGUCCUGGUGGAACCGGGCCAAGAAGUCGAGCAAGGACAAGUGCUGGUUGUCAUGGAAGCCAUGAAGAUGGAGCAUUCAAUACGGUCACCCAAAGCGGGCGUGAUUGACAGGGUGUUGUGCUCAGUGGGAGGCUCGGUUACCAGGCACGCGCAGCUCGUUCAGUUCAAAGACCAGGCUGAGACACAGGAAGAAGACGUCGAUUAACGUCACCGACAUGACGUCACCAACAUGACGUCACGAUUAGCAAAAUAAUUCAGCGUGUGCUUGUGGCAACCAAUUUACACUUGUACCUCAGUAGAUAUUUGAAUGGACCAUAAAGAGCGUUGGUCCCAGAAGUAUUAUUUGGGUACAUAGUAUUUGUGGGUAUCCUGCUGUUCGUAAUGUGACGUCACCCUAAAUUACCAGGGUCUCCCCAGUUUCUCACAGGCGACUACAGGAAACCCGGAUGGGCUAAAGUGCUUGUAUGACAUUGUAAAUAAAGGGACAAUAUUGCGA